AUGCAAGAGCUUGAGCUGCUGUCCACCAUUGGCUUUGGUGGCUCCGUCAGGGAUGGCCUGCACGUUCAUCCAGAGCGCCAACACCUCGUCUACCCACUUGGUUGCACCGUUGUUGUGGAGAAGAUCGGCGGCAAGCGCUCGCAGCAAUUCCUCCAGGGCCACACCGACAAAGUGUCUUGCGUCACAGUGUCGCCAAGCGGAAGAUACAUUGCGAGUGGGCAAAUCACCCACCAGGGCUACGCUGCCGACAUCAUCAUCUGGGACUUCAAAACCCUCGCUCUCAAGCACCGCCUGACCCUGCACAAGGUGAAGGUGGCUGACCUGAGCUUUUCGCCCACAGAGAAGUUUCUUGUGUCACUCGGCGGCGAAGAUGACGGCACGCUCGCUCUCUGGGACGUCGAGUCUGGCCAGGCCCUCGCAGGUGCUCCGACCGCCGACACAUCUGGUGGACACGCCGCCACCCUGUCCUUUACAAACCGAGACGACUUUACAUUUGUGUCUGGUGGCAAGUACACCAUCCGCGUGUGGGACAUUAACCCGCGCACGCACGCGCUCACACCAACAAACUGCGUCCUCCGCUCGCUCAGGCGGCUGGUGACGUGCAUGGCAAUCAGCGCGGACGACGAGCUUGCGUACUGCGGCACGAGCACGGGCGAUGUCGUCAUCAUCUCCAUCCCGCACAAGGUCCUCAAGGGCACGGGCCCGGCAAAGAACCCCUUCCCGCGCGGCGUGUCGUGCAUCGCCACCACCCCGACUGGCGAGCUGCUUGUUGGUGCGGGCAACGGCACAAUUGCGCGCUGCUCAAGCAAAUCGCUCAAGCCGCUGCAGCAGAACACGCUCGUCGGCGCCGUCACCUCCAUCGCCCUCACCCCGGGCGGUAGCGACAUGUAUGUCGGCACAGACGACUGCGACAUCUACAGGUGCGGGGACGUGUCGACGUACGAGGAGCGAGCCAUCUGCCAUCCGCACGGCGUUUGCGACGUGGAGUUCCCGCGCGGCACCAGCGACCUCUUUGCCACGUGCUCCCACCACAGCGUACGCGUCUGGCACACCCCGACCGGCAAGCAGCUCCUCGCUAUCAACGUCCCGGGUGUCAAGUGCAACGCAAUGACAUUCACCCCCGAUGGAAAACUCAUUGUCACAGGAUGGGAGGAUGGCGUGAUUCGCGGUUUCCUUCCCCAAUCCGGCAAGGAGAAAUUCAACAUCCAGCACGCGCACAACAACGGCGUGACUGCGAUUGCAGUGACGAACGACAGCGGGCGGAUUGUGAGCGGCGGCGGCGACGGCCUGGUGCGCGUCUGGCGUCUCGGAAAGCAGUCCCAGACCCUUCUUGAGAGCAUGAAGGAGCACAAGGGCGCCGUGACGGACAUCCGUGUGCGGUCGAAUGACGAGGAGUGCGUGAGUUCGAGUGCAGACGGGUCGUGUAUCAUCUGGGAUCUCAACCGCUUUGUCAGGAACCAGAUUAUGUUCGCCUCCAGCGUCUUCUCGCAGGUGCGGUACCGGCCUGACGAGGCGCAGCUGCUGACGUGCGGGUCUGAUAGGAAGGUCCACUACUGGGAGGCCUUUGAUGGCUCCCUCAUCCGCGAACUCGAGGUGUCGUCGACGGGUGCGCUGUAUGCGCUCGACAUUUCCCCAGACGGCCGGUACUUCGCUGCGGGCGGACAGGACAAGCUGCUCAAGCUCAUCACCUUUGAUGAGGGCGAGACGGCAUACGUCGGACAGGGCCACAGCGGCGACAUUACGCGCGUGGCCAUCUGCCCAAACCAGCAGUACAUCAUCAGCGUCACUAACACCGGCUCCAUUUUCCGCUGGGCCUACCCUGCAGCCUAA